AUGUUUAUAGGGCGUUUACCACCAAUCAAACGCCGUGGUAAGCAAUCAAUUUAUGUUGCUACAAUUGAAAAAGCAAAUAUGUUGGUUAAUAGUUUGAUUGAAGAGAAUCGAAUCGAAGAAGUUGGAGUUGUCGUUGUCGAUGAGCUACAUAUGAUUGGCGAGGAAGUUCGUGGUGCAGCUAUUGAACAAACACUUCUCAAGUACAUGCACAAAGGUGCUGGUCAAAUAAUCGGUUUGUCGGCGACACUUUCGAACAUCGAACAGCUUGCAAGAUUUCUCUGUGCAUCGGUAUUUUCGACCGAAUUUCGACCCGUACGGCUGAUUGAAAAAGUGAAAAUUGGCAGCUCACUUUAUUUGGUCACUGCGGAUAGAAAAUUGGAAUUCCAGUCGGAUUUAGGCGAAAAUAAAUUACUGAGAAGUGAUCCCGAAGGAUUGGUACCGCUUUUGAGUGAUGUAUUACCCAGGAGAUCGGUUCUGAUUUUUUGCCCAACGAAACUGAACUGUGAAAAUGUUUGUGGAAUGUUAGCUCGCCUCAUGCCAAGGAAUGUUCGAGAGCGUAAAAAGGCUGAAAGGUUAUGUGCAUUAGAAGUGUUACGGGAAGAACAAGAUGGGAAACUUUGCGCUUUACUUGAAAAGAGUUUUUUGCGUGGCGUUGCCUAUCAUCAUAGUGGUUUAACGGCUGAUGAAAGGAGAAUUGUCGAAAAUGCUUUUCAGGACGGCGUGAUAAAUGUGAUAUGCUGUACAUCAACUCUAGCAGCGGGAGUAAAUUUACCAGCUCGACGUGUUAUAAUCAAAACACCUCUGGUUGGCAAGGAGCCGCUUCGUAAGGCGCAAUAUUUGCAAAUGAUUGGACGAGCUGGUCGAGCUGGAUAUGAUUGUAUAGGCGAAGCAGUGACAAUCUUGCAUCCGGGUACCCAGGAAACCAAGUUUUUGGAAAUGAUCAGUGGACCUUUGUUGGAUUGCAAAAGUUCGCUGAGUGAGCCUUCGCUGUUCGCAUCUUUCUUGCUCGAUUUGAUUUUCCUAAAGAUAGCGCAAACAAAGGAAGAAUUAGAAUGUAUCGUACAAAAAACACUAUUUGGAAUACAAAAUGAAAACAGUAAAGAGCUAGUGGCACAAACCUUGGAUUACCUCAAAAAUCAUGAUUUGAUCUGCAUCGAUACCGGUAUUAUAUUGUCCUCGGACUUCCACUUAAUAUUUAUCGUGGUACCAUUCAAUUUAGCUGUCACAAUUGACUGGGAUAUUUUUUAUGACGAGUACAUAUCCUUAUCCAAGUAUGAGCAGAUUUUGCUCGCACAACUGGGAUUAAACGAUAAGGAACUUAUCAAAUGUUUCAUUCUUCGACCGAAACUGAAAGAGGGCGAAGCACCGAUGCGCCUGUAUAUUUCGCUGAUGCUUCACAGACUCUGGAAACAGGAGACGUUGUACGAUGUUGCGGAGCGUUUUCAUGUAUCACGAGGUUGGCUGCAAAAUGCACUUCAAGCAACAUACUCACAGGCCUCAUCCAUAAUCCGUUUUGCAGAGGUAAGCCAUUAA